ACGUGAAGAAUUUUCCCGGGAAACACACUGUCCGACGCGCGCACACAUAGUACAUACAGGUCUAUGUGACAAGGGCACAGGCAUUUAAAUCGGCGAACCAGCAGUGGACUGAAAGUAAAGUUGGCUGAGGGAGAAAUUUUCCUGUUUUGAAUAGAAAGAUGUCUGGUUUUGAUAAUCAAGGGGUCUUUUACUCCGAUAAUUUUGGAUCGGAGGGAAUUCAGGAAGAUGGGCAAGUUAAUCGCAUGGCUGUGCAGCGUCGAUUUAAAGAUUUUCUUCGAAAAUUUCACGAUGCAAACUUCACGUACAAAUACAGAGAUGAGCUAAAGCGACACUACAAUCUGGGCCAGUUCUGGCUGGAUGUAAAUCUUGACGAUGUGGCCAGUUUUGAUGAAGAUCUGGCUGAUAAACUCAAGAAAAAUCCUGCAGAAUUUUUGCCAUUUUUUGAGGAUGCGGCUAAAGAGAUGGCGGACGAGGUCACCAGGCCACGCCCAGAAGGGGAGGAGGGAGUCCAGGAGGAAGUGGAGGAUAUUCAAAUUAUGUUGAACUCCGAGGCUAACCCCAUCUCCAUCCGAAACCUGAAGUCUGACCAGGUGUCUCGCCUGAUCAAGAUACCGGGCAUUGUUAUCGCUGCAUCGGCCAUCAGGGCUAAGGCAACCAAGAUCACCAUUCAGUGCAGAGGCUGUCGUAACUUCAUCCCCAAGCUGUCCGUUAAACCAGGACUGGAGGGGUACACCAUGCCGCGCAAGUGUAACACAGAUCAAGCAGGCCGACCCUCAUGCCCCUUGGAUCCAUACUUCAUUGUCCCAGACAAGUGCAAGUGUGUGGACUACCAAGUCUUGAAGUUACAGGAGUGUCCUGAGGAUGUACCCAAUGGUGAAUUGCCCAGGCACAUCCAGUUGUACUGCGACAGGUAUUUGUGUGAGCGUGUUGUCCCCGGUAACCGUGUCACCAUCAUGGGCGUGUACGCUAUCAAAAAGAUGGGACCAGUUUCAAAGAGGUCACGUUCAGACAAGGUGGCCGUGGGCAUUCGCAGUCCCUACAUCCGCGUGGUGGGCUUUGAGGUAGACACGGAAGGUCCGGGCCGUAGCUCUGGCGUUCCCCUCUUAUCGGAGGAAGAAGAGGAAUUCCGUCAACUGGCCGCCAAUCCCAACGUCUACGAGCUCAUCGCCAAGAGCAUAGCGCCCUCUAUCUACGGCAGCAUCGAUAUAAAGAAGGCCAUUGCCUGUCUCCUGAUUGGUGGAUCCCGUAAGCGUAUGCCCGACGGUUUGACGCGUCGCGGUGACAUCAAUCUUUUGUUGCUUGGUGACCCCGGAACGGCCAAGAGUCAGCUGCUGAAAUUUGUGGAGAAAGUUUCGCCAAUUGGGGUUUAUACAUCAGGUAAAGGAAGCAGUGCAGCUGGUCUGACGGCCUCUGUUAUCAGAGAUCCACAAUCUCGGAAUUUCAUAAUGGAGGGCGGGGCCAUGGUCUUGGCUGACGGGGGCGUGGUCUGCAUCGACGAAUUUGACAAGAUGCGAGAGGACGACCGCGUGGCUAUCCACGAGGCCAUGGAGCAACAGACCAUCUCCAUCGCCAAGGCAGGCAUCACUACCACGCUCAACUCACGGGCGUCGGUCCUGGCCGCGGCCAAUUCGGUGUUCGGACGCUGGGAUGACACUAAGGGAGAUGAUAACAUUGACUUCAUGCCUACCAUUCUGUCACGUUUUGAUAUGAUCUUCAUUGUCAAGGAUGAGCAUGAUGAGGAAAAAGACAUGAGGCUCGCAAAGCACGUAAUGAACGUCCACAUGACAGCGCAAGGCAUGGCCCAACAAGGACCUUCGCAGGAAGGAGAACUUCCCCUCAACUUCCUCAAGAAGUUUAUCUCCUACGUCAGAAAUAAGUGUGGACCUCGCAUCUCAGAGGCAGCAGCCGAGAAACUGAAGAACCGCUACGUUUUGAUGCGCAGUGGAGCGCGAGAACACGAGAGGGAGACAGACAAGAAGACCAACAUUCCAAUCACUGUCAGGCAACUUGAGGCUAUUAUCCGCAUCACUGAGUCACUGGCCAAGAUGCAGUUGAAGCCCUUUGCCUCAGAGGCCCACGUGGAUGAGGCGUUGCGUCUUUUCCAAGUAUCCACCCUGGAUGCGGCCAGGACAGGCAACCUAUCAGGUGUUGAAGGAUUCACAACCCAGGAGGAUCAGGAAGAACUGAACAGGAUUGAAAAACAACUGAAACGCCGCUUUGCUAUCGGCUCACAGGUCUCGGAACACUGCAUCAUUCAAGACUUCCUGCGCCAGAAAUAUCCCGAGCGUUCCAUCUACAAGGUUCUGCAUCUGAUGAUGCGAAGAGGGGAAAUUCAGUACCGCAUGCAACGUAAGAUGCUGUACCGCUUGAAGUAAGAAGUGGAAGCGGGGUUGGAAAAGUGUGAAUAACAGUGUCAAGACUGAAAAACUUUUACUUUGUCAAGAUCACUUCAAGCCGGUAUAAAUUGUUGCACAUAUGUGUCUAAAAUUCAUAACUUAUGAAGGUGUAAUGUUAUGCCAAGGUUGAAUGAUCAGCCACUUCUGGACUGGUUCCUGUCCUGUAGUCAAGAACAUACAAUAUUUCAGGGUACCAGUCUAAACUGCUUCAUUAUAGGACAGUUUUGUUUAUAGAUGAAAAGGUCAUCAUGGAAAAGGUAGACAGUGUAACAAUCAAUUUAUUGUUUUGUUUUUAUCCCCCUGGCUGUAGGCAAGAGAAGGGGAUCUUGCGAUAGUGUAUUCCUUCUGUCCGUGUGUUCCAUGUUGGUUAGGUUAACUGUUUAGUGCUGUCAUAUGAAAAGUCUUAAAGUAAUCUUGGGUAGGAGGACUUCAGAUGACUUGAGAAAUUUGAGGUCAAAGGUCAUCUAGGGGUCAAAUGAGGUCGUUGUUUUGGUUGGGUCAACUGAAAAGUGUGCCUGCUACCUGACUGUAUAUAUACUGCCAGCAUGCCAGGGGAUCACGCAAGUUUAACUUGCAGUAUAUUUCAAUUUAGUUUUAAGUUUUAAAGUUGGGUCUCAAUUUUUCAAAUGCUUGAAAAUUAACAAGUUGUGACAGCACUGGUUAAUAGUGAAAAGUAUUUGAAAGAUGGCACAAAGAUUCAUUAAUUGAUAGGUGUUCCGUAACUGACAGUUGGUUGAAAUGUAAUCUGUACAAUUUCAGCAACCAUACUGUUUAAGCACUCAAUUCGGUGAUUAAAACAGAUGAGCUCUACCUGUAAUACAAUUUGCCAACUUAUAUAUGAACUUGAAAAUACCAUAGGAAUUGAAUGGAUUGUAGUAUACUGAAGUUAUUUAUGUUGUGUUGUUGCGCUUAACCUGAUUAAGCAGAUGUUAUUGCCAAUCGUUAUGGCUGGAUGAAUCACUUUACUACGGCUUGUUUGUUUGUUAUUAUUCAGCUGUUGGUCGAGAUAGCCCACAAAAGUCUUUUGAUUUGUUUCAAGUGGGGCUCCUGGAUAGAAGAUAUAGAAUUAAAUUACAGUUUUAGUGGUGGGAGGAAAAUCCCAGAAAGAUAUUUUAUGGAAAACGCACAGAAUCAGGCAGGGACUGAAAACCCAAUCCACAUACUGGCCCAGGCAGGAUUCGAACCCGUGUCACAGCGGUGGAAGGCGAGGAAAGUACUGCUAUUAAGCCAACCUUAUUAUCCUGAUCGACUUCAUUGGUCAAUAAUUGAAAAUUAUUCUGAUAUACGUGUACAGGAUUCUGUUGCACGAAGUACUCGUGCUACUCGGCUGUGUUGUGGAAUUACUUUUCAGGAGUGCAGUUCAAAAUAUUAUUAACAUGUUGAUUAGGUUUCUAUAUAUAGCGAUGUAAUUAUGCAGGGACUUCAUUUUUGACCAGCAAAACUACAAAGUAAUGUAUGAUGAUCCCUCGUCUUUACAUAGAAUCAUUUGAAUAUUAAUAAACUCUGAAACAAGUGAUAACCUGUUUUGUUGCCAAAAAGAAAGGAACCAGAAUAUGAGAUUAUAAUGUAGUUUUCCCGUACUAUAUUUAAUGUUGUUGGUAUAUUUUAAAAAAAAUAAAACUCACGUGUCAUGUCCCAAAGGCCAAAAUUUACAUGAUUUACAGUUUAAAUAUGCAUUGAAUGCAAUUUAGGGGUAUUAGAAAUAUAAAAGGGACAAGAUCUAAAAUAUUUAAAAUACAAAACGGGAAAAAGAAAAUUACAACACUACACCACCCAAAAUAAAGUACACGAGAAAGAGGUAAAUUUAGAACAUAUUAAUCUGAUAAAUUAUUAAAUAAAAACCACCAGAGUUGAACAGGCUGAUGGACGAGGGAGAUGGUUAAAAAAAAAUGGAAUUAAAAACGUUAAUAUAGUUUGAAAUUGUUCCUAUUAAUGGUAAAACUUUGUCCCGUUCUGUAUCUAUUUCUUUGAAGAUUUAUAUUGUAUUGGUUGUGUUUUUCGUGAGAAAGGUCAUUGUCUUUUUGACAGAGUAACAUGUGACCCCAAAAAGAUCAUACGAUGUGUUUUAGCAGCAUCAAACGUGUCAUUUGGCUUGAUAUAAAAACAGUCGCAUUAAAUUGAAAUUUCACUUACCAUAAAUGAACUUUGGUACAUUCUUUGUAUUUUGUUAGUUCCUCAAAAUGGUGUUUUGACAAUUAAACCAGUGAUUCAAGAAGAAAAUCUUAUUAGGACAAGUUUCUUAUUCGUCAUAACUUGAUAAUUUGGAAAUUAUCUUUGACAACAAAACGAAACCAAUUUGCCAUUCAGGUUACCAUAUUCAAUUAUAUGCACAUUCAAAUAUCUUGUCAAUGCCUAUCUAGAAAAAUAAUCUAAUACUUGAGACAAGAAAUUGUAGUUAGGGCCUAUGUUAUAACAAGUCAGAUUUUAAAAUAACUAGACAGUGCAGCGAUGUAAAUUCUAUUGCCUAUAAUAAAUUUCAAUUGCCUAAUGUAA